AAGUUUUCGAUUUUCAGGUACCGAUAGAUGAGAGUUCUCAGGAGAAAGAUAAAUCAGAAGUUGUUUCAGCUGAAGAACAGGUUAUAUCAAUGGUUCAAGAGAUCGAAGUGGCACCAGGCCUGCACUUUGAGGCAGAUGGUCCUAAGCCAGAGGUGAAGGAGAAUAGUGAUGUGGAAAAUGAGGAAACAGGAUCUUAUGAUGUUUGUACAUCUGAGAUUGAAGUUACAGUUGAAAACACAGAAGAACUGAAUGGUGAGAAAGAGAUAGGACCUCAAGACAAGGCUGCUGUCCACAAUUUAGAUGUGACCUUGGAGAAAUUCACAGAACUCAGAUUGCAACAAACUACAGAAGAAGUGUCAACUAGAAAAAUGCUGGAGGAUGUUACAGAAGCCGAUUUCAUUGAUCAUUUGGCUAUCUCUGUACAACUUAACGAGGAGGCUGAUAAAAUUGAAAUUCUUCAGCAUGACGAAAGCACAAAGGUUGCUGCUGAUCUGGUGCGGUCUGAUGGUGGAGUGGAGGUGAAUUAUGCACUUUCUGCUGUAAAGGAUUCACCAUGCAAGCAACUAGGUGAUGAACCGGGUGCAAAAGGUGUUCCACUCGGCUUUGCUGCAGAGUUAGAUUCACAGCUCAUCAGUCAACCAACCUGUUUGACGCCGAGUAAAAAUUCUGCAAGCAACGCAACUGCAACAAUGAAAAUGGUGACUGCUUUCACAGAUAACAAAGAGAACAUUGGUAGUGGCAGUAAAUUGGUUCUUGUGAAAGACAGAGUAAAGACAGCUGAAAACGCUAUUGAGAAUGCCGACAAUUUGAAUGAGUUGAGUGUGAGAAAGCUGUCCAAGAUGUUGAAGGAAAAGCUAGAGAUCACCAAGAAGUCAACCAAAAAUGACAGUGGCAACGAAAAAGCAUUACCAAGACCAGCUCUGCAAGCACUUCCCGAGAACCGAUUAGUAGAUGAAACCCAAAACUGAUUUCUGCUAUGCAAGAAUUUGGUUAUCCAGGGUCCAGGUAAUCAUGCAACCCACUUUACUUGGAAAACUGAAUAAGUGUGCCUUGGAAAAGGCAUGAAAAGGCAUGGACAGGAUAUAUGAAAAUAGGAGGGCAGAAGACAUGGAAUUUUGAGUCUUUUCCUAAGAGGGUAUCCAUAUCAAGUCUUGUGCAGAAAGCUGAUACUUUGUGGAUUAUGCUUAUGCCAUUAUCUCUUUGGUAAUCAAAGCAUUGCUCAAUAAAAGUUUCACACUUGUUAUACAAUACGGCUGGAUGAUGAAAGCUCUCUUUGCUUAAUCAAAGCAUUGUUUACUUUUGGUUCAAGUUUCGUGAAAUUUUGAAUUAGUUCAAAAUUUAGUUAUUUUGUGUUGUUUUAUCAAAACCCUUUAAUAUUAAUUUGUA